CGUCGACUGGUCCGCGUCAGCUGCAUGGAAAAAAAAGAAGGAAGGGAAAACAAUUACAAAUGGCGUCCUACACAGAUGAAAUGUUUGUUGAUUGAACUUGAUUGAUUGAUUCAUUCAUUCAUUCAUCCAAUCAUUCAUUCAUUCAUUCAUUCAUUCAUUCAUUCAUUGUUUGACUGAUUGAUUGAUUGAUUGAUCUUCUCCUCCGUCAUGUCCUUCACCACGUACUCCAUCUCCUCCUAUUCCAUCUCCUCCUCCAUCUCCCAAUUCAUCUCCUCCUCCAUCUUGUCCUCCAUCUCCUACUCCAUCUCCUCCUCCGUCUCCUCCUCAAUCUCCUUGUAUUCAAUCUCCUACUCCAUCUCCUCCUCCAUCUCCUCCUCAAUCUCCUCAUACUCCAUCUCCUCCUCCAUCUCCUCCUCCAUCUCCUACUGCAUCUCGUCCUCAAUCUCCUUGUACUCAAUCUUCUACUCCAUGUCCUCCUCAAUCUCCUCCUACUCCAUCUCCUCCUCCAUCUCCCAUUCCAUCUACUCCUCCAUCUCCUCCUCCAUCUCGUACUCCAUCUCGUACUCCAUCUUCUCCUCCAUCUCCUCCUCCAUCUCCUCCUCCCCGUGCCCUGCCUCCAUUUGCUACCCCAUCUCCUCCUCCUCCAUCUACCAAUCCAUCUCCUACUCCAUCUCCUACUACACCUCCUACUCCAUCUCCUCCUCCAUCUCCUCCCACUCCAUCUCCUACUCCACCUCCUACUCCAUCCCCUCCUAUCACAAAUAAAACGAUAGAAAAAUGACAGCAAUGACGGCGGAACAAGUGGAGAGAGCUGAGAGGGAGGUGAUGAAGUACGUGACAGAGGGAAUCCACUAUGACAAUGAGGACGAGUUGAGACUAUUACGCGAAAGAGCACCGACGUACUUCAACGUCACCUUGGACAUCCAGAGGUCAAUAACAGCAAACGGAGAGAAAUCGACGAGAGCGCAGCAGUUGCUGCAUCGCUUACARCAAAGUGCGUACGUGGCUAAAGACGAGACGUUGGCAUGUUGCUCUGCGUACACCCUUCAGCGAGUUGUGGAAUGGAUGUGUGAUGACGAAGACAUCGACAAGAGUAAGAGAGAGGGAGGUGGUUUUUACGACAGAUCGGCGUUCAAGAAGUUUGUCACGUCUCGGGCGAAGGAAACUCGAAUGUUGAAGACAGAAGCGCAUGACAUAUUGAAGAGUAAAGCAGCGGAGAUAUUGGCACUCAGCAGGAUGAACGAGCUACCUCAAACAGAUCCUGUUCACUACCAUGAUUUGGCAACAGUGGUGGUGGACGAUGUCGAGUACGUCUUGCUCGAUCAGAUUAUGGAUUUCAUGUUGAAGACAGAUAAUGAUACAAAUUUGAUUCACGAGGCCUUACACGAGGUGACAGAGGACGCAAUAGCAGCAGCAGAGCUUGUUGAUGUCGAGAGCACAAAGGAUGAAAAUCAACUAGUGUCGGGGACUCCAAUAUGUCAGGGGGACAUAUUCACAGUCCUGGAGGACCUCACCAGGGCAUCAACGGAAGCGGAGAGAAUGAGCAAAAGAAUGCAAGGAUGGCAAUUGGUUGUUGCGGAAGCAAUCAAUGCGACACACCAUAUGCCAAAGAGCACACUGCAGACUACAAGUGGUGUGGGAUCUGUAACAGCGGUUCAGAACCCGUUGACCAUUCCUACUGUGGAUACGUUGAGUGUCCAUAAUGCAUUCAGAGCGUGGAGAUUACCACUCUUUCAUCCUUCACAUGAGAUCAUCGAAGGACACGAAUAAGUGGCAUUCCAGGGAGUGCAUGCGGAUGGCGAUACUAAUGAGAGU